AUUUUUGUCACUUUUUUGGUGCCAAAAUGCUUAGUGAUGUUUUUGAAAAGCGAUGGACAAUAAAUAAAUGGUCAGUCUCGGUGUAUAAUGUUGCUUUCGUUCGUUUUUCCUUUGACAGAAGACACGUCCCGCUUUUCCGUUUAUUCACUGAUGCGUAACGCUAUUUGGCCAUGCAGAGCUAAACAAAACAAAACGCGAGUGGUUUGGGAAAAGUGGCCAGUUGAGUCGAAGCUGAUCGGAGAUCAUGAACAAGACGUUGAAAAAGGCGCAGUUUCUGCCCUGCUGCUCUGUCCUGGAGGUGAAGAGUAAAUAUGGUGCAGAGUUUAGGAGGUUUUCCCUUGAUCGAUCAGAGCCUGGGAAAUACAAAGAUUUCCACAGGCUCCUUGUGCAUUUACAUCACUUGUGGAAAAUUGAUGUCCUUAUUGGCUAUGCAGAUGUUCAUGGAGAACUGUUGCCCAUCAAUAAUGAUGACAAUUUCGGCAAAGCUGUGACCUCCUCACGAUCUUUAUUGCGCAUCUUCAUUCAGCUAAAAGAGGAUGCUGACCAGGGUAACAUAGGUGCUGGAAGCAUGAUAAAACGAAAGAAAUCUCCGGCAGCAUCGCGUGGCGAUGUCAGCCACAGAAAAUCUCAGUUUCAUAUCAGCAUGCCGCACAACUUCCGCCCUGUUUCCUCCAUCAUUGACGCGGACAUCGUGCCAGAAUGCCACCGAAGAGUCCGUCUGUACCCCCAGGGCUCGGACAGACCUCUGGGAUUUUAUGUCCGUGAUGGUACUACAGUUCGAGUUACUCCCUAUGGUUUGGAAAAAUUGCCAGGCAUUUUUAUCUCACGCAUAAUUCCUGGUGGACUGGCCGAGAGCACGGGACUUCUGGCCAUCAAUGAUCAGGUCCUGGAGGUAAAUGGUAUUGAAGUUAUGGGGAAGUCUUUGGACCAAGUGACUGACAUGAUGAUUGCCAACAGUCACAACCUUAUCAUCACAGUAAAACCUGCAAACCAGCAUAACAACAUAAGAAGAAAAAGCUGCGUUUCUUCAAGCUCGAGGCUCUGUCUUAAUAGCAUGGACUCCGUAAGCUACCCAGGUCUACCGAUGAUAAUGAAAGCUUAUGGCUUGACAGGUAAUGGGUCUGAGAGUGAAGAUGAUGCAGAUGUGAUUGUAGAGAGGCCCAUUAAAUGCGCAUCCCGCCAUUCCAGUGCUUCUAAACCCUCUUAUAUCUCUCAUCCAAAUGUUUAUGCCUUUUCCAAGCCUCAAGUUUCUGCUAGACAGCGCAGCUCGUUAAUUUCCGCAUCUUCCUAUCGCUCUCAGCCUUGCCUCAACUCUACAGCUUACGCUGAACAAGACCUUUCACUUCGCAGGCACCUGAUCUCUCAGCAGCAUUAUGGCUAUUAUCCAACCAUCAGGCAGGGAAGGUCAAGUGCCAGCACCCAUGACAUUCUAGACACAUGGCACAUAGAUCUAAGUCAACAUUUGAUUUUGCCCCAGGGGGCAAUGGAAGAAGAUGGAAUUGUUGUCAUUUUGUGAAGACCUUGUGUAACUACACCACCCAUGUUUGUGCACUUUACACUUUUGAAAUGACUCUGAGUAACAUAUACAGCACGUUAUUUAUUUAUAUCUUGCAUUUUAUUCGUAAAAAAAAUUGUGCUUAAUAGCUUGAAAAGCUUGUUAUCAUGGGGAACCAUUUUAGUGCUAUAGCACCUAUAUGAAGAACCUGAUAUAGCACCACAUAUGGUUCUACAUAGUAAAAUAUGGUUCUACAUAGGUGCUAUAUGGCACUUUAAAAGGUUCCCCUGUGAUUACAAGCUAGUGAACCAGUUUUAGUGCUAUUUUGACAAGUGAAUUUACUUUUUCAGUCAUUUUGAUAACUUGAUAAAAUGUAGUUUAACAGAGAUCACAUUUUUACAAACAAUUAUUAGCCAAUGAAGUAUUUAAAGCUAAGCAUGAAUAUAAAAAUGUAUUUAAAAAUAUAAGAAUGUUGAUUACUUUUAAAGUUUUUUUUAUUAAUUUACAUGACUUCUGGGUUUGGAAAUUACAGUUUUAAUACUCCAUAAUGUUGUACGGUAUGUUGAAACUGGUGUUUGCUUGUCUGGUUUUACCUAUAUUUUAACCAUUACUUAUAUAUUAAAAACUGAAGCCAUAGAAGAACCUUUUUUUACCUGUAUGGUGUCAUAAAGCAGUGGUUCUCAAACUGGGGGCCGCGAGAUGUUGCCAGGGGGCCCCCAGUUUUAUGACAUUUUAUAAAAUACAUGAAUUUAUCAUGAAUAUUUAUCAUUCUGUGUAAUUAAACCAAAAUAAUAUAUAAGGCUACUAACCAACACCACUACUUUGAAUAAUUUUAUGUUUUGUUUAAUUAAAAUUUACAUUUUAGAACAAAUUUGUCAUAAAUUUUCUUUGG